AUGGAUCAAGCUGCCUUUGAACUUAAGCUACGUCAAACGCUGGAAGGCAAGGCAGAGAAUGUUGUCACCCAACCCAUCAACCAGUAUGAUCAGCUGAUGCAGGAUUUGUUAAGGAUUAAUUCUGGUGGAGCCAAAUCCGCAUAUGACUUGAACCUCAAGAAACGAUACGAAGUCCUGCGAGUUGGCAGUGCUGACCGACUGAUUCGCAGGAGGAAAGAUCCAAAUGAAGAUGAAUUCAAGUUUGUUGCGUCUCUAGAAGUGUUUGGUAUUGUAAACGCAGCCCAUGAAGCUAUUGGCCAUGGAGGUGGUAAAAAAUCCAUUGCAGAAGUAAAAAGGAAAUGGUCAAAUAUCACACAAGAAGCAUGCUACCCCAAUAUUUCAUUUUGUGAGCACUGUCAUGAAAAAAAGCCAGAAUAG